AUGUUAUGUAAAUGUAAUCACUAUAAAAUUAGACUUUCUUAAAAAUCAUUCAAAAUGAUCUAAUGUUGUUUCUUUUAGUGGGAUCCUUAACAAUCUUUGGAUACACAGAAUAUUGGAUGCACAUCUACAACUGAAAUUUAAAAAAACAUAAUUUUCAUUCAAUUUGCAGUUAUCUCUGUUCAAAUUACUAGAAAUAAGAUUUAAGAUUAUAUCUUAAGAUAUCAUAAGAUGGACGGUUUGUUGUACUUUAAAUUAAUUGGAUCAAAUAAACGAUUUAGGCAACAUUUAUCUUACAUUUUCUCUCACAAACUCAAAACUCUAUUAAAUUAAGCAUUGGCAAAGAUUACAUCAAUGCUUACUGAUACGAAUAUGCUUCCAUAUCAUAAGUUGAUGCCCUCGUAGAUCUACAUUUGUCAAAAAGUCAAUUGUAAAGCAUUUUGGAUUUUUUUUGGAUUAUGUUAAUUCAGAUUCAAUAAUUUUCCAAACUUCUCGAGUUGCAUUAAAUUAUUUAUAAUGUGA